AUGGCUAAUUCGCAGUAUUCCUCUGCGAAAUACGCCUCCAUUACCGCAAUUGAAAGGGAAGCGCAACAGACAUCUCAAACACUGGACCCCUUCCGGAAACCCGUGUCUCAAGGAAAGGCGCUAGGCUGGAUCCUCUUAUACCACAAGCGCACGUCACAUACACCAAACCCCAAUCCUACCUUUGCUGUCCUUGGGGAAAAGGAUGAACCUGGGGUCUACUAUGUCGACAUAAGUGCUGCAACCUUUGUGUUUAUCGCGUCGUGGUCGAGCACCAUUGCCAACACAUUGACUGCUUGCGUCGUGGCCCUGCUAGGAUUUCCCCUUGCAGCUCUGCUGCGACGACAGUAUCAGAGCGGCCAACUAGGGGGUGCUCAGCUCAGCCUAGCCCAAGCGCCGCAGUUCUGCCUUCUCGUGAGCCUUCUCGUGAGCCUUCUCGCGGGGCAGAAGCUGAAAGUUCUGAGAGAAUAUUUACAGUUGGCAGUCAAGAGGCAUGACCAAGGCUGGAGCGUCAAUCUGGGCGUUGCUGGCCUCGUCGUUGCAAUUGUUUUGUCGUGGUUUAUCAUUGCCGCAGACACCUAUCUCCACUUGUCGACGAAAAGCAUCUUGCUCAACGAUGCCACACCCGUCGACCCUGAUAUGACCUUCGGCUCAAGCUAUGUGCUCGAGUAUGUGUGCCUGGGUAACAACACUUUCUACGCACAAUCGGAGUCCCCAUGCAUUUUCCAAUAUGAACCUCUUUACGGCAGUACCGUCUUCUUGCCAAGCGCGGAUGGAAUGAGCAUUCUCAGCAACGAUUCCUUCGCUACCGCGAUAUAUACAUACACUCCUCCGAGCGAGAACGGGACGAACAGAAUGUCAACGUCGUACGCUUAUGCAGGAUCUGGCUCUUUUGCAUCAAACGCCGACUUCGUGGCGGAAACCUUUCCCGUCUCAACCCAGUGCAGGUUCGUGACUCGCAGCUGUCUCACGAAUGCGAGCGAGUAUUUGUCGGCUGCAAACUUUGACUGCGGGCCGAAAUAUCCAGCGUUCACGCUGCCGAACAUGACCGCUGGGACCGAUCGGCUCUUUUUCUUCUCAGGCCCCGAUGCUGCGUCCGCGCAGAUCCUGAAUGGGUCAGAUCCGAGCCGUGUCCAUCAGAAUGCCUUCACAUUCGGCGUCGCCAGUGCCACCGUCGAUACCAGUCAGUACUUCUACUGGGGUGACAGCGUCGAUAACUUCCACUAUUUCUGGGACUACUACCUGUUCUUCGUCAUGUGCGACACGUCGGCGUGGACUGCCCGGUACACCUUUUUCAAUGGCAGCGUCGUUCCCGGCUCGUGGUCCGUGAAACCCUCCAACGCCAGCGUCAGCAAUUUGAUGCAGUCCACGCUAGCGUUCCUGGAUGUUGGCUACAGCAAGGUGGAGGAGCUGAUCGGCGCUUCCUUCACCGAUAGCAGCUUGUAUGGGGUCGAUGGGCCAGUAACAUCCUUUGCAACUGGCAUCAGUUCGUUGGUGCUGGGCAUAGCAGCUUCCGGAAUGAACAAGGCUGACCCUGUGACAGUGCAAUUGAGAUUUUCGUACAUCGUGACAAAGGUCCAAAAGGGCGCCGUGUGGGCUCUCGUGGGAGCUAAUAUAGCUCUGGCUCUCGUGGGCGGUCUGCUCUUCCUUACCGCCGUUGUGGCGUUGUACAUGGGUGGUGACGAUGUGUGCGAGAUACUGAGAAGAGUCGGGGUCAAUGCCGUGGUAUGUCAGGCCGUUGCUCACAACCCGGAUCUGGGCCUCUGGAGACCGAGUGCAAGCCCUAUUGCGAGGCCUUUCGAAGAUCGGCCAAGUCAAGAGUCUAGAGACGAAGAUUAG